AUGACUGCUACUGAAACUGUCACUUCACUUGAAACUGCAUCAUUACUUGGUAUUAUAGGUAUAGGUCUGAUAUUAGGUCUAAUCCAUGUACUUACAGGUCCUGAUCAUUUAAGUGCACUUAUUGUAUUGAGUGCUGGUUCCUCAUGGCGUUCAUGUCAAUUGGGUAUACGCUGGGGUUGUGGUCACUCAAGUGGACUUAUUCUUGUAACCAUGUGUUUUCUAUUGCUUAAUCAGCACUUGGACGUUAAUACGUUUGGUACCUAUUGUGAUUUUAUGGUCGGAUUUCUUAUGAUAGGACUUGGACUAUGGAGUUUUCGCUACUAUUGGCUUCUACGUCGUACAUUGAAGCUCAAGAAAGAUCAAGAGACUGGAGAGAAUACACAUUUGACACAUCAAAAAGAACAAAGAUACGAUCAUGACAGUGAUUCAGAAGUCCAAAAGAUAUUGCACAAUCAUCAUCGAGACCAUGAAGGUCUUCCAAUGUCUGCCAAUGAACAAAUGACGGUCAACACUUGCUGUUUUGGCCUUGUGAAGACGGAUAUCAAGAACCCAAGCACUCAAAAGCUUACGGCGUUUGCCUAUGGGACUGCUCAUGGUCUAGCGGGUACAGGAGGUAUCUUAGGUGUACUACCAGCUGUGAUCCUCAAUGACUGGGCCAAGUCGUCCGCUUACCUCGGCGCGUUCUGUCUGUCCUCCAUCCUGACAAUGGGCGGAUUCGCGGCACUCUAUGGAGAGCUUACGGGUCGCAUGAGCCGCUUCUCGGACUCAUCACUUGUGCGCGUCGGCAUCUUCUCAUCCUGCGUGUCGCUAUCUGUAGGCAUCAUGUGGGUCAUUCUCGUCUCGACAGGAACGUUGGAUGAGGUCUUUGGAUAA